AUGGUUGCUACAAGUGACUAUGGUGACUUCCACAAAAUGGUUAAGCGUUAUGUCAUGACAUCCACGCUGGGUAGUUCUGGCCAGAAACAAUAUAGGGACACAAGAAACAUGAUGGUUGACAACACAUUGAACACUUUCCACACAUUGUUGACCGAUGAUCCAAAUUCUCCUCUGAACUUCCGGGAAGUCUUCAAGCAUGAAUUAUUUCGCUUAUCCCUGAUUCAGGCUUUAGGUGAGGAUGUGAGUUCAGUCUACGUGGAAGAGUAUGGGAAGGUUAUAUCAAAGGAGGAAAUUUACCAGGCCACUGUGGCUGACAUGAUGAUGUGUGCAAUUGAGGUCGACUGGAGGGAUUUCUUCCCAUACCUCAGCUGGAUUCCAAAUAGGAGCUUUGAAGAAAGGGUACUGACUACGGAAGCUAGGAGAACUACAGUGAUGCAAGCCUUGACCAAUCAGCAAAAGCAAAGAAUUGCACGUGGAGAGACUAGGAAAUCCUACCUGGACUUCCUGCUGGCAGAGAAUACACUGACUGAUGAACAGUUACUAAUGCUGGUGUGGGAGGAAGUCAUAGAAGCUGCUGAUACUACUUUGGUCACGACCGAGUGGGCCAUGUAUGAGAUUGCGAAGCACCCAGAAAAACAGGAAUACCUUUAUCAAGAAAUCCAAAAAGUCUGCGGCAAUAAGACAGUUACCGAGGAUCACCUGCCCGAGUUACCCUACUUGAACGCGGUGUUCCAUGAGACCCUGAGGCGGCAUUCUCCAGUUCCAUUAGUGCCUCCAAGAUUUGUCCAUGAGAAUACCAACUUGGCUGGCUAUGAAGUUCCAGCCGGCACUGAGAUGGUCAUCAAUCUGUACGGAUGCAACAUGAACAAAAGCGAUUGGGCCGAACCUGAGGAAUGGAAGCCAGAGAGGUUUCUGGACGGGAGGUUUGAGGCUGCAGAUAUGUACAAGACCAUGGCCUUUGGUGCAGGAAGGAGGGUCUGUGCUGGCAGCAUGCAGGCGAUGAACAUCACGUGCACAGCCAUCGCCAGGUUUGUGCAAGAGUUUACCUGGAGGCUCAAGGAAGGUGACGAGGACAAGGCUGACACCAUCCAUCUUACAACCAACAGUCUUUACCCAUUGCAUGUGUACCUCACACCUAGAGGAAGGAAAUGA